CCGUUAAAUCCCUAGAGCCUAAAAGAGGAGCCGACCCAGUGUCUGCCACGACGCUCCCCCCGCCCCUCACCUUCGGCCGUCGUCUGCUCCCGGCCCGGCUCCUGUUUGCUCAGUGGGCGGGGGCGGGUGGUGAGGGGUGUUUUCUCAGUAAACGCUAUGGAAUCCUGGUGACACACACAUCCCCACCUCCCUGCCGCUGCUCAGCUGUCCUAGAAGGCCAGCUCCGGGAGAACGGAAGGAAGGAGCGUCCGAAGAAAGCUAAUCCUCGACGGCCCCCUGCCCUGCCAUGGCCGAGAGGCCCCGGCUGCGGCCGAGGCUUCGGGCUCUGGGAGCCCGCCUGACCCAGGUCCUAGCGGGGCUGGGGGGCCGGAGGGACAGGAGGGGCAAGGAGCCACCUCUGCCGGGAAAGCCCAGAGUCCCGGACAGGCCCUGGAAAGGCCAAAGCUGCCCAGACCUGGUGGAAAGCAGCAACACCAACCACAACAGCAAGGCAGGAGUCCGGAGCAGCUCUGAAUGGGAUCUGCAGAACUGGGGUGUGGGCCGGUGGGCCCGGAGAAGGAGCCUGGGAACAUCCACUCAUUCCCUGGGACGACUGCAGAGACCAGCUGUGGGCAGUGCUUCUGACCUGGCCACUUGCACCCAUCUAGGAUCUCAGCCUCUGAUACAAUCUCAAGAGGAUGAGCCCUCUACAUCUGGUCUCCUCAAACAACCCUUGACCUGCCAUGGGGUGGAUGGGCCCUUCCACGAGGCUGCUUUGGGUACCAGGGAUCCUGUUCUUGAGGGCCUCCUGGAGGAGGCAGACCUUAGCCCAGAUAAGGAAGUGGCAGAGCCCCAUGCCCAGGGGGAAGCCACUGACACCCUACAGUCCCAAGAUUCAGUGAGGUCUGAGGCUGCCCUCUCCCUCCUAGUUCCCACUCUUUCUCCUCAGCAAGCAAAGGAUGCUGGCUAUGAUGAUCACGGGACAGGGUCCCCUGUGUCUGGGGAGCCAGGGCCACCCCAUGAUGGCCCAUCGCCUGCCAAGACCACCUCCCUCCUUGUCACCGUCAUCCUGCAGGAGGAGCGAGGGGUGACUCCCGGGGAGGGCGGAGGGGAGCCUGAGUCUACGCUGCCAGUGCCGUGGGAGCUGAAACCGGCCCAACCAGCUCCUUGCCCAGGCAGCCCUGAAGAAUUCCGGGGCUGCCGGGCGAGGGUGCAGGCCCCUCCCCAGGAGCCACGCCCCAUCACGGGGUGCCCCGACUCCUGGCCCUGGGAACCCCAGGUGAAACAGCACCAGCGCCCAGGGAGAGCAGGCGAGCGGAGGGAGCCAGAGCCUCCUGGGAGCGGUACCGCCGAGUCCCCCGGGUCUCUGGAGGAAAGCGUUCUGGGGGUGCUGAGCAGUGAAGAGAUAAGGAGCCCUCAGGGCACAGUGCCAGGCCCUGGCAUGGAGGAGGCAGGCACACACCCGGUCCGGCCAGAGUCUCGUGUGGUGAGUGCCACCCUGACCUGGCGGCAUCGGCCCCCUGCGCAGGAGGAGGUCCGGCACCGCUUCCAUAAAGUCUCACUGGUGUCACCGAGGGAAGGUGGUGCUCCCCAGGAGGAAUCGUAUGCAUAUAGUUACCAUCGAGAGGAAGUCAAUGGCAUCACCACGUGUGAAGAGGAGUCUGUGAACUCUCAGGGGCCCAAAAUCAGGGUCAAGGACCCCCCUGAGGACCUAACUGCGGGUGAUACAAAGAAAUUCCGAAGUCAUGAACCCAUCUUCUCCAAGAUGUACACACCACUCCCAAAGGACAGGAGGCAACAGGGGAGGCCGAAGGAGACUGGCACCCAGAUCCACAGCGGCACCUCUACUCUGGCAGAGACAUCAAGACUCAGUGCUGCUUCUGGUGCCCUGGCAGAGGGACCAAUAGCAGGGCCCCGGGAUGCAAGUCCUCACCCUGGCCUGGGCUCCUCUUGUGGAACCUUCCGAGGCUCUGAGGAGAGGCGGGUGACUCGGACUGUGCGCACCACCACGAUGGUGGGAGGGCGUGUAGAAAGACGUACAAGCAGCUCAGUAGUAAUUGGGCCCACAGUGGGUGAAGGGGUGCCUCGGGGCCGACACGUAGCCCGAACUGUCCGAGCUGUUGUGGUAGGCUCCCGUCCUGAGGACUCCCCAUCACCCAGUCGGAGUCAGGCCCUGGAAAUCCUCACCUCUCUGGUACCCCCUGAACCCCACCCCCCAAAAACUGAGUCUGCGAGACAGAGUCGGCUACCCCGGGCCAUUCCCAGGUUCCAAGGGACCCCCCAAAACCAAGUGGGAGCCUCAGAGACUCAAGGACAGCUGCCAAAGUUUGGGGAGACUAGCCAAGAAGAAGGUAACAUCCCCAGGGCUAUUGGCAUCAUUGCUGAUGCCUCUUUGUCCAGAGAGAGGGAAGUACCUAUUACUAGGCUGCCUGUGUCUAGAAGUGACCCAACUCCACUUGAAUUUCCUCCUCAGGGUCUCCCCAACAGGACUUCAGUUCUAUCUUCUCCUGGACCCCAACAACCAAGUACCCUCACUGGUCCUGAGCUGCCUACACUGUGUCAUGGCCCCAGUGCCAAGCUCUCCUUGGAAUCUAGGUUAGCCCCAGCCCCAUCCCAGGUGAAAAGUGAGGUUGUCCUGAGCCGUGAAGCUCCUCAGGGUUCCUCCUUCAAGAGGACUGAGGUUGGCAUGGGCUCUGAAACUUUUCUUGUACCAUCCCCCCAAAGGGACAAAGUUGUCCCAGAAUCUAAGCCUCUUACUCCAUCACCCAAAAAGGAUGAGAUUAAUGUGAGCUCUGGAGAACCUCUUGUCCCGUCUUCCACAGAAAAUGAGGUUGUUCCAGUCUCUGAAACCCCUCUCAUCCCAACCUCAACAAACACCGAAAUUAUUACAGGACCUGGAAUCCCUCUUAUCCCAUCUCCAAAGAAGACUGAGGUUGGUCCAGGCCCUGGAACAUCUCUUGUUUCAUCCCCUGGAACUCCUCUUGUCCCAUCCCCUGGAACUCCUCUUGUCCCAUCCCCUGGAACCCCGAUUGUCCCAUCCCCAUCAAAAACUGAGGUAGUCUUGGUCCCUGGAACCUCCCUUGUCCCAUCCCUGAUGAAAAACGAGGUUGCUCCAGGCUCUGGAAUUCCUCUCAUGCCAUCUCCAACAAAGACUGAAAUUGGGCUGGGACCCAAAGACCCUGCUGCACCAUCUCCCUUGGAGGCUGAGGCCUCCAUCCAGUGUGGGCCCUCACAGGAACCCACCAAGGAGGAAGUCAAGCAGGAGUCUAUUGGAGAAGAAGAAGAAGAAGGAGUAGCUCUGGCCGCUGACCUGGAGCUCUUCCUGGACACUCUGCGGAGCAUGGAGGCUCCUGAGAUUCUUCGCACCCACAGGCUUCCCCGGGCACCCCGCUCUUCUUAUCUGGCCACGUAUGCCACACUGCCUGCCAUUGAUGAGGACCAGGCCCAGACCUGGACUCCAGGACAAAGCCCUGAGCUAGGGCUGGAGUCAGAACCAGAGGCAGAGCCAGAGAUGGAGCCUGAGUCAGAUGAGGAGCCGGAGAACCCCUAUCUCAGUGAUGACGAGAAACUUCAGCGGCGCCAGGAGAAGGCCAGCCCUUCACCAGGGCUCUUCUGGGACAAGCGAGCCUCCCGGCCACCCCCUGAAAUCCGCUCCCCUCUAGACAUGAUGAAAUUGCAUGUGGCUGAGGCUCAGGGGCCACAGGCCACUGAGAUGGGCCCCCGGAGGGGGGCUGCUGGAGCUCCUGCUUCCCGCCUUGGGGGCAGCCUCCUGUUUGGAGGAGGGGAUGUGGCCCCUCCUGCCACUCUGGGGACCAAGUUAUCUUCCCUGAAGCCCCAAGCAUCACCUGGCCUGGAGAAGGGCCCUGGGCGCCUAACCCUGCUCUCCAACCAGGGGAAGCCACAGGUCCAGGCUAAAGCCAACGGUUCCAUCCAGCUUCCUGAAGGCAGGAGUUGGGAAGAGAAGAAACAAGGAAAGCUCAACACCAGACCGGGAAAGAUCAUCCUGUUCUCCGAGCCGGGCUGCAAGGGAGAGUCCUGGGAGGUCUGGCAGGAUGUCAUGGAUGCCACAGGCUGGCUUCCCCCUCCAGCUUCCCUCCGGGUGCUCAGAGGCGGGUGGAUGCUCUAUGAGAAGCCUGGAUUCCAGGGCCAGAAGCUGGUCCUGCCUGAGGGGGACUUGGAGCUCAGGGCAUCAGGAGCAGUGUGGAGUCCGGGGACAGUGGGCUCCCUCAAGAGGAUCGUCAGGGACUACACCAUCCCUGAGAUCAGCCUGUUCUCAAAGGAGGGCCAUGAGGGUGUCCAGGUGAAGUUGACCGAAGCCUUGGAGGACACCCAGGGACAGGGACAGCCCUUACUUGCAUCAUCUGUCACUGUCACUGCUGGACUGUGGUUGUUGUACUCCAAACCCUACUAUACUGGGGUUCCCUGCAUCCUGGAGCCUGGAGUCUAUCCCACCCCAGAAGCCUGGGGUUCUUCUGACCCUCAUGUCAACUCCUUGAAGCCCUUGAGACUGGGUUGUCCCACUGUGGAGAAGCCAGGAGAACCCAAGGCACUGGUGUAUGAGGCCACAGACUUCCAGGGCCACUGCUGGGAAGUGAGCCGAGAUAUCUACGACCUGAAGAGACCAGAAGAUGGGCAGAGCCCCAACAUAGCCACUGUAGGCUCCCUACGUAUCCUGGGGGGCUGCUGGGUAGGCUAUGAGAAAGAAGGUUUCCGAGGACACCAGUACCUGUUGGAAGAAGGCGAGUAUCCAGACUGGUCCCACUGGGGCGGCUAUGAUGAAUUCCUGAGUUCCUUGAGGGUCAUCCGCACGGACUUUUCGGACCCAGCUGUGAUUCUGUUUGAGGCUGCCGACUUUGAGGGGCCGAGUGUGGAAUUGAAUGAGCCUCUGCCUGACGUUCAGCUGGCUGGACAUGGCCUCACCACUCAGGCCAUCCAUGUGUUGAGUGGCGUGUGGGUAGCCUAUGAACAGGUAGGCUUCUCUGGGGAGCAGUAUGUGCUCGAGAAGGGAGUGUACCGAAAUUGUGAUGACUGGGGGGCUGGCAACAGCACCAUCACCUCCUUGCAGCCCAUUCUGCAGGUGGGGGAGCACAACCUACAUUUUGUCUCUAAGAUUCAGCUCUUCUCAGGACCUGAUUUCCUUGGGGACCACAUCUCCUUUGAGGAUGACCAGGCCUCUUUGCCUCCCUCCUUUCAGCCCCAAUCCUGUCGUGUCUAUGGUGGCAGCUGGAUCCUAUUUGAGAAACAGGAAUUUAAGGGAGAGCAGCAUGUGCUUUCAGAAGGAGAGUUCCCAACACUUACAGCCAUGGGCUGCCUGGCCUCUACCAUUCUGAGCUCACUCCGAAAGGUCCCUCUGCAUUUUUCUGAGCCAUCCAUCUUCCUCUAUGGGCUGGAGUGUUUCGAGGGAAAGGAGAUUGAGCUCAACGGGGAAGUCCGGAGUCUUCAAGCGGAGGGCUUCAACAACCACGUGCUGUCUGUCCAGAUCAAGGGGGGCGUCUGGGUGCUAUGUGAACACAGUGAUUUCCGAGGUCGCCAAUGGCUGGUGGGAAGUGCUGAGAUAACCAACUGGCUGACCUACAGUGGGACCCAGAGGGUUGGCUCCCUCUAUCCCAUCAAGCAGCGCCGGGUUUACUUCUGCCUACGGAACAGAGGCUUGGGCAGGUGGCUGGCAGUGCCCGAGGAUGUAGAAGACAUGAAAGCUGGGAGGGUCGUGGUCUCAGAGGUCCGAUCCGGGAGCAGCUGUAUCUGGUACUAUGAAGAUGGGCUACUGAAGAACCAGGUGGCCCCAACAAUGAGCUUGCAGGUGAUUGGACAGGCCAGCCCUGGAUCCAAGGUGGUGCUUUGGACUGAGAGCCGUCAGCCCAGACAGACUUGGAGCAUUGACACCUUUGGGCACAUCUGUAGUGAGAUGUUUGAGGACAAGAUACUGGAUGUGAAGGGAGGCCAAAGCUACGAUAGGGACCACGCUGUGCUGUGGGACAGGACUGAGGACAGACUUUCUCAGAUCUGGGACAUCCAGGUGCUCUGAGAUCCUUCAUUCCAGAGGAUUUGGGAAGGGGGGAGGUGUCUGAACUGGGCUAAAUGUUUGUACAGAUAUUGUCUUUGUAACAUAAGAUGUUUUAUAAUGUCUC